UUGGGGAUGAACACAACCGUGAGGUCUCUAGAUAUGACGGGUGCUAAGCUAAACUCACGGUGGGCGAAAGAGUUUAGAUGGGUUUUGGAACAGAACAAGACUCUUAGAGAAGUGAAACUUUCGAAAACCGGUCUUAAAGACAAAGCGGUUGUGUACGUUGCAGCUGGACUAUUUAAGAACAAGAGCUUGCAGAGUUUGUAUGUUGAUGGAAAUCGUUUUGGGAGUGUUGGUGUGGAGGAUUUGCUUUGUCCGUUGAGUAGAUUCUCUGCUCUGCAGUUACAAGCUAACAUCACAUUGAGGUCAAUUGUGUUUGGAAGUUCCAAGACAAAGAUUGGAAGAGAUGGACUCACUGCGGUUUUAAAAAUGGUGACAACGAACGAGACAGUGGUUCAUCUCGGUAUUCACGACGAUGCGAGCCUUGGACCUGAUGACUUCGUACAUAUCUUCAAGAGCUUGCAGAAGAACUCGUCUUUA